AUGGCAGAAUUUAUCCCUAGCCCUCCCUUGGCCGCGAAACCAGGGUCAUUCCCACCCACGGAAAGCGUUCCAGUCGCUCCACCCCUUUGGACCCUCAAAGCCAAAGCUUGGACUUUUCUCUACUCUGAUGUCGACCAGGAAAGCGAGUACCUACCCCAAAACCCAAACAACACACCCGAUAUUCUGCAAGAUGUCCUUCCUCUAGGCUCUUAUCACCCACUUGAGAGCCUUCACACCGAAGCUCUGCAGAAGCUGCCUGGGGGUGAGCCGCAAUACCGUCGUGGAUGGCUCAAGGGCAUCACUAUCAUUCGAUAUGAGGAUUCGGAUGUCGGUCCAUAUGACGAACUCAUUCUUGUCCCGGGAAAAGCUGUGAAUCCGCAUACAGGCAAGGCAAAUAUGAGAAUAAGUACGAUAUUCGUCUCGACGGAUGCAAGUGUUUGGAAUGGAAGAAGAAAUUGGAGUUCGUGCCCACCUUUCCCGCUCCCGCUCCCGCCCGCCCCGCUCCGCUGUCCCCACAUGCAGGCAUCCCUGAGCGGAAAGUCAUCAGACUAA